GACAUCGAAGACCGUUCACGGGUCACUGAAUCCGUCAGAUAUUUUAAACGACGAGAAAAUCAUGAACCGCUGUGGUCUCGUGGUUAGAAAUCGUAAGAGCCUUUUUUUGUCACAAAACAAAUCAAUAAAUAAAUGGAGAAGAUGAGCCAUGAAUGGGAGAGAAAGACGAGAUGGAUGUUGCGUGUCAGAUAGAUAAUGAACACGAACACGCGAUGCCCUAACUCAAUUUUUUGAAUAAUUGUGGAGAAAGCGAACAGUGAAAGUUUUUCGUCGGUUCGGGAGGUCUUAAAUGUUGGUGAAGUCCGUAGGCUCUUCUUAGUAGCGCGAGUUUCGAGCGACGAGGAGAGUCGAGGUUUCCUUAGUGUUUCGUACAUUCCCAAAUAAGUUGGAAUAAAGCAUAAAAUCGUUGUGAAAAAGCCUGCGGAACUUGAGCGCACAUUUUUCGUACGAUCGCUGGAUCAGUUCCUUCUUUAUAAUCAUUAAUAUUUAGUGGUUAUGUGAAAAAAACCUCGAGUGUAUUUCAGUGUGCAGCUUGUGAGGGAUAACAAGACUGAUUUUCAGCCAGCGGAGAUAAACUCGAGAGAACUUAAGGCGCUAAGAUGGACAGCAAGGGAUUUUCGGAUUUCGGGAAAGCCGCGAUCGAUUAUAUCAUCGAAUACACCGAGGGAAUUCGAGAUCGCGAUGUUCUGCCCAGCGUCGAGCCCGGCUAUCUCAGUAAACUCAUGCCUACAGAAGCUCCCGAAAAAGCCGAAACCUGGCAGGAGGUCUUAGAGGACGUUGAAAGAGUCAUAAUGCCAGGGAUAACGCAUUGGAGUUCUCCCCAUUUUCACGCAUAUUAUCCAGCCGCAAAUUCAUAUCCGGCAUUGGUUGGAGAAAUGAUAGCAUCGGCAAUAGGAUCGGUGGGAUUUUCGUGGAUAGCGUCGCCCGCUGCUACCGAGCUGGAGGUCAUAACGAUGAAUUGGCUCGGUAAAAUGAUUGGAUUGCCCGAGGAAUUUUUGAGCUGUAGCAAGGGUCCGGGCGGCGGAGUUAUUCAGGGAUCCGCAAGUGAAGCGACACUCAUCGCACUCUUAGCUGCGAAGGAGCGCACUGUCCGUCGGCUUAAAAAAUUGCAUCCAGAGAUGGACGAGAACAUAAUAAAAAUGAAACUCGUUGCUUACACUUCCGAUCAGUCGAAUUCGUCGGUCGAGAAGUCCGGAAUAUUGGGUUCGAUGCCAAUGAGAUUGUUACCAACGGAUGAAAAUUGUAGUCUCCGUGGUUCAACGUUGCUCGAGGCGAUUAAAAGUGACGAGAAAAAUGGUCUCAUCCCAUGUUACGUAGUCGCAACUCUUGGAACAACGGGAACUUGUGCUUUUGACAAUUUAAACGAACUCGGCCCGGUUUGCAACGAUAAUAAUUUGUGGCUUCACAUAGACGCUGCCUACGCAGGCGCAGCCUUCGUGUGUCCUGAAUACCGAUAUCUCAUGGCUGGAAUUCAGUACGCAGAUUCUUAUAACUUUAACCCUCACAAAUGGCUUCUCGUCAACUUUGAUUGUUCUGCGAUGUGGGUUAAAGAUUCAAGAUGGCUGAUAGACGCGUUCAACGUCGAUAGAAUUUACCUAAAUCACGAUAAGCAAGGACUCGCACCGGAUUACAGGCACUGGCAAAUUCCCCUGGGUCGUCGUUUUCGUGCUUUGAAACUUUGGUGCGUAAUGCGUCUUUACGGAAUCGAAGGUUUGCAAAAACACAUAAAACACGGGAUCGAACUCGCUGGAAAGUUUGAGGAAAUGGUGAGGAAGGACGACAGAUUCGAGAUCAUAACCGAACCCGCUUUGAGUCUCGUUUGCUUCCGAGUCAAGGGGGACAACAGCUUGACAAAACAACUGGUCGAACGUCUGAUGGCGCGAAAACGUAUAUACGUGAUAGUUGCUACGUACCGUGAAAAAUUGAUUAUUCGUUUCACUAUAUGCAGUCGUUUUUGUCAGCUAGAAGACAUUCAAUACGCGUGGGCUGAGAUUACGAGUCAAACGAAGGAGAUUCUAGAAUCUGUGCAAUAUUCGACAGAAACGACGAAGGGCGAGUCGAUCGACAAAACCGCUGGUUCAAUUGCCACGAGAUUACAAGAAGUCCUAAAGAUCGGGGAGAAAAUCGAAUCCCAAAAAAUUUCAUAAAUACCUGUUGUGCUUUUAUUACGGCUCUUUUCUUUUUUAAUUAUUUAUAGAAACAUCGACUCUGGGAUCCUCGAAAGUUAUUUUCCUUGUAAAUAAUGUUACUUGUAUUCACUGACGAAUCACAACUGCGUCGUACGCACGAAUCUGUUGAUGAUUAUUAAAUUCAGUAAACAAAACGAACAUUUGAAAAACACUUGUGAAAUUAAAAUACUUGAUAAUUUUAUUUACGUUCUGUUAAACGAUUGAAAAUCUUUUGUAAAUUGGAUACGACUUUAUCAGACAUUGUUAAAAGCGAAAAUUGCCCUGCGACGACUUCGCCUCUUUGCUUGUGCGCGCCUACUACGCGGAGGCCCCGAACUCUGAACGCUUUGUUACCGUCUUUGUAUCAUGAGCUCAACUAAUACUGGAACGACGCAGUCUCGGCGGUCCGAGAGAGAUAGUCGGAGUGUGAAAAGUUGUCUUUGUCGGUACGGUCCACCGAAAAUAGCUGGCAGCGAAAAAUAAAUAACGAAUACACCGAAAUGUUGCAGACUAGAAAACUGUUUUCUGUUCAGACUAUACGAGAACAAAUGCGCACGCGCACGAUACAGAGAGAAAAAGACGCGAUUCCAUACUCGUGCUUUCUCUGUCGUAACUCCCGAGCCUGUCAGGUCCUUAUGGAGACAGCGUUCCAGUAGUUCAGUACCUUGGUAAAACAGAUUAAACGUCUGAAGCCAUCUUACAAACGAAUUGUGUAUCGAGAGAUCGAGAGCAGCAAAAAUGAGCCAAAAUAUAAUUCAAAAAAUUUUCUUUCUUCUGGACUGAUGAUUUCAGUACACGUUGUUGAAUAAUUUCAUGGUGACUACCAAAUUUUUCAUCUGUAAUAAAUACGGAUUUUAACAAAA